AUGAGCCGCAGAAGCGGGCCGAGGCUUGACCUGAAGCUGAACCUGUCGCCGCCGAGGCGUAGCCGCCCCCGGGACGAGCCGCCGAGCCAGUCGCCGACGGAUUCUCCGCCGACGUCGUGCUUGUCAUCGGAGCCGAGCGAGUCCCUGCGGCACUCGACCAGCCCUGAGGAGGCGACGUCCAUGAUGCUGGUCGGCUGCCCGCGCUGCCUCAUGUACGUCAUGCUUUCCGAGGAGGACCAAAGGUGCCCCAAGUGCAAGAGCACCGUCUUGCUCGACGUCAUCCACGACGGCGGCGCCGCCGGACGGAGGAAGAAGAAGGGUCAGAACUAG